AUGUCUCUCGGAUUCGCCAUCGAUCGUGGUGGCACCUUCACGGAUGUCAUCGUUUUCAAGCCAAACGAAGAGGUGGAAGUUCUAAAAGUGCUCUCUGUGGACCCAUCGAACUAUGCCGACGCUCCAACUGAAGCGAUUCGACAGGUUUUGGAACGAGAAUCUGGGAAGAAGAUUUCACGGGGAAUACCGUUGCCAACAGAAUCAAUCUCAUGGAUCCGUAUGGGUACAACUGUUGCAACCAACGCUUUACUGGAACGAAAGGGCGAACGGAUUGGCCUAUUGAUAACGAAAGGAUUCAAAGAUUUGUUAUUUAUCGGAAAUCAGUCUCGUCCCAAAAUUUUUGAUUUCGAUAUACAAAUCCCUGAAGUACUGUAUGAAGAUGUGAUUGAGGUUGAUGAACGAGUACUGAUUCUGGAGCAAACGAAGGAAUUGGUGGGAGAUGACGUGGCAAUUAAGACGGCGAUCAAUGGAAUGAAAGUGGUUGUGGAGAAGAGAGUGGACGAGGAGGAGUUGAAACAGAAUUUGAAGAGUUUGAAGAAAAAGGGAAUCAAGAGCGUUGCGGUGCUGUUUUUGCACAGUUUUAUAUUCUACCCGACCCACGAAAAACGUGUUGGCGCCAUUGCCAAGGCUUCUGGAUUCGACUACGUCUCGCUAUCCCACGAGGUGAUGCCAAUGAUAAAAGUGGUGCCACGUGGAUUCACAGUCUGUGCAGACGCCUAUCUGACACCGAAAAUUAUGGAGUACCUGGACGGAUUCCAGGCGGGAUUUACAGAUUUGUCUCAAGUCCGUGUCAACUUUAUGCAAUCUGAUGGAGGACUAUGUGAGAUGAAAUCAUUCCGAGGCUCUCGUGCGAUUCUAAGUGGACCUGCUGGUGGUGUGGUUGGAAUCGCGAGCACCGCCUACAAGGAGAGUGAUAAGAAGCCAGUGAUUGGAUUUGACAUGGGUGGCACCUCCACGGACGUUUGUAGAUAUUCAGGUCAUUUGGAACAUGUUAUGGAGACCACAACCGCUGGAAUUACUAUUCAGGCGCCGCAGGUACUCGACAUUCGUACUGUAGCCGCUGGUGGUGGAUCCCGCCUAUUCUUCCGUGAUGGCUUACUAAUAGUUGGUCCGGAAUCAGCAAGCGCCCAUCCUGGACCAGUUUGCUAUAGGAAAAAUGGAUAUCUUACUGUAACGGACGCCAAUUUGGUGCUAGGAAGAAUUCUUCCAGAAUACUUCCCCAAAAUUUUCGGACCUAACGCUGACCAACCAUUGGACAAGGAAGCGUCGUACAAGGCUAUGGAAGAUAUUACAGAGAGGAUUAAUGCAUUUACGAAUAAGGAUGAGGCGACACAGAAGACUUUUACAGUGGAAGAGGUUGCCCUUGGUUUCCUUGCCGUUGCAAAUGAGGAAAUGUGUCGCCCGAUUCGAACCUUGACUCAAUCUAGAGGUUUCAACCCAUCAGAACAUGUUCUAGCUUGUUUUGGAGGGGCUGGUGGACAACAUGCUUGUGCUGUGGCCAAGGUUUUGGGUAUUAGUCAAGUCAGAAUUCAUAAAUACGCUUCUCUGCUCUCCGCGUAUGGCAUAGCGUUGGCUGAUGUUGUUGAUGAGAGUCAGACGCCUUCACAGCUGGUUUAUGAAGAAGCCAACUUCUCGAAAAUCUACUCCCAAUUCAUGGAUCUUCGCUCAACAUCAAUUGAGGGUCUGAAGAAUCAAGGAUUCUCAGAAUCCCAAAUUGAAACCAAAUAUUUUAUGCAUAUGAGAUAUGAGAAGACGGAUACAGCCAUUAUGAUUAGUUGGGAUGUUCAAAACCCAGAAGAUCUGGUUCAUUUCAAUGAGGAAUUCCGAAAAACCUACAGAAGAGAAUUUGGAUUCGUUCUAGAGGACCGUAACAUCAUCAUAGAUGACGUUAGAAUCAGAACUCGUGGAAAAUCUGGGUGCCACGUGGAGAAGGAGAUUCAGAAGGCGUCAGAAGCUCAGAAGCACGCCAGACCAAAAUCGCAAACUCAAGUCUAUUUUGAAAAUUGUAAAUUCGUCGAGACGGGAGUCUACCUACUGGAGGAAAUGCUUGCCGGACAGAUUAUCAAUGGUCCAGCUUUGCUUAUCGACAAAAAUAGUACCAUAGUAAUAGAGCCGUCGUCUACAGUAACCAUUACGGAGCAUGGAAAUGUGGAAUUACAAAUUGGGAACGAUGUGGAGAAGGAUUUGACGACGGAAGUAGAUCCGAUACGGUUGGCGAUUUUUAGUAAUCGAUUUAUGUCGAUUGCUGAGCAAAUGGGACGUAUUUUACAGAGAACAGCCAUCUCGACGAAUAUUAAGGAACGCCUCGAUUUCUCCUGCGCUCUAUUUGCUCCCGAUGGAGGUCUUAUCGCCAACGCCCCACACAUCCCGGUCCAUCUCGGCGGAAUGCAAUACACUGUCAAAUUCCAAAUGAUCAUCAAUAUUAAAGAAGGAGAUGUCUAUCUAGCCAACCAUCCCCUCGCCGGAGGUUGCCACUUGCCAGAUUUCACAGUAAUCACCCCUGUAUUCUUCAAGAGCAUUCAGAAGACCCCUGUGUUCUUUGUAGCCAAUAGGGGACAUCAUGCAGACAUCGGAGGACUGGUACCAGGAAGUAUGCCCCCGAAUGCACAUCAUAUCGAUCAGGAGGGAGCCUCUUUUAUCUCUUUUAAACUUGUGGAUGAGGGAAAGUUUCAAGAGGAAGCGCUGAUUGAGGCAUUAAAGGCGCCUGGAAAGGUCCCAGGAUGCUCUGGAGCCAGAAAUAUCAAUGACAAUAUUGCGGACCUUAAUGCUCAAAUCGCAGCUAACCGGAAGGGAAUCCAGCUAGUGACUAGUUUGAUAGAAGAGUACUCGCUAGACGUCGUCCACGCCUACAUGCAACAUAUUCAGAAUACCGCAGAGUUAUGUGUCAGGGAGAUGUUGAAGAGAGUGGGAAGGAAUGUUCUGGAAGCUACUGGGAAGAGUCAAUUGACUGGAGAAGACUAUAUGGAUGAUGGAACUAGGAUCCAGCUAACUGUCAACAUCAAUCUGGACGAUGGCUCAGCAACAUUUGAUUUCACAGGAACCGGACCCGAAUCUUAUAGCUCUUGUAAUGCUCCACGAGCUGUUACCAUGUCGGCAAUCACUUAUUGUUUGAGAUGUCUCGUUGAGAAGGAUGUCCCAUUGAAUAAUGGAUGUUUGGCGCCCAUUAAAAUUAUAAUUCCAGAUGGAACUAUUCUAAGUCCAUCUGAAACUGCUCCUGUUGUCGCUGGAAACGUUCUGACUAGUCAGCGACUUUGUGACGUCAUCUUUAGAACCUUCGACGUCGUGGCUGCUAGCCAAGGAUGUAUGAAUAAUUUGGUAUUUGGAGAUGAGAAAUGUGGGUACUAUGAGACCAUAGCAGGAGGAGCUGGCGCUGGAAAUGGGUUUGAUGGGCGGAGUGGAGUGCACACGCACAUGACGAAUACACGAAUUACGGAUCCUGAGAUUCUGGAGAAUCGAUUUCCAGUAGUCCUGAGAGAGUGGAAGCUGCGAGAAGGAUCUGGUGGGAAUGGGAAGUGGAAGGGAGGAGAUGGCGUUGUCAGGCAGUUGGAAUUCACUAGGACGCUCACGAUGAGCUUGUUGACGGAGAGACGCGCCUUCCAACCGUACGGUCUUCAUGGCGGUGAGAAUGGAAAGCGGGGUCUAAACCUACUCAAACGGAGUGGAAGAGCCGUGAAUAUUGGCUCAAAAGCUAGCUUUGAUAUUCACAAGGGGGACAUUCUAUGCAUUCAAACUCCAGGCGGUGGUGGAUACGGGAAGGAAUGA